GCUGUGUGAGUCUGACCGUCCUCCUCAGCACGGCCACAUCCAGUCAGCUCUUUUCUUAUUUUGCCUAGCUGCCUGUCGAUUCCAACAACUUCAGUACGACUCGAUUCCUUUCAAGCGCGCUCGGACAAAGCUUUGGAUUCUCGUUGCGACUACCGCCACCAUGUGUCAGAGACCUACCCCGCUUACGCAUUUCAAUCUCAAAACAGUUUCCGCACGCCUCGCCCGCGCCCGUCACGAGCGCAACCCCCCAGCGCCGCUCGCUGGCGGAGCACGUCCCGCCGCCGCGACGACGUUGCGCGCUGCCCUGGGGGCCUCGUCAGCGGCCGCGAGCUGCAGAAAGCGACGGCGCCUGGAGCCAUGCGACGGCUCCGCCGGCCGCGUGCCCAGCAGCCCUCCCGCGGCACGAGCUCCCGCGAAAUGCGUGACCGUGGCGGACGCGCUGGCGCAGCUGGUCGGACUGGCGAGCCCCGCGCGAGCACGAAAUGCCAUCCCAAUCCAUGAUAGUGCGUGCCCCAUCGCGGCGAGCGCGGAUACGGGCCUCGCCAACGGGCGCGGCGACGGCAUGGAGGGCUCCGAGGGGGCGCGGGCGCGGAUCGACUCAGUGGCCGCCAAUCCCGACGCCGCAAUACACGACUGGGCCGGUUUUGCGGGCAGGCGUGACUCGUCUGCUGUCGCUGACGGCUGCCCAGGGGCGGACUCCCCCGCAGCCGCGGCCUUGCACGGCAUGCCGGUCGCCCGCGAGCUCGUGGGCCUGCCGUGCCGCGACGACGCCCUCUGCCCUCCGCGUCACCACGCCAUCGCGUUUCCCCUCCCCGCCCUGCCGCCUUCCGCCGCCUCCGCUCAGCCUGGCUGCCAUGGCUGGGAGCGCGCGGGCAUGAUAGCGCGGGCGGGACUGGAAGAGACGAUUCCAGGAAUCCAGCAGCGGGGUGCGGGAGGUGGAGGAGCGGCGGGACUGGUGCCACUGGCGGCAGCGCUGGGUGUGCACUCGUUGGGGGCGUUGGAGGCGUUGGCGGCACUGGAUGCAUUGCAGGCAUUGGAGUCAGUGGGUCCGCCUGCCUGCACUGCCCACGGCCAUGCGCGUCCGACCCACGCCACCACCACCACCACCACCACCACCACCACCACCACCACCACCACCUCCUCCUCCUCUUCCUCCCUCCCCCCCGCCUCCCAGCGGCCCCUCGCUCCCCCCACUCCCGCGCCCCACUCCCCUCCGCCCCUUAUGGCGUUCCACCAGCGCCACACGCAGGUGACACGCAGGCAGCGCACCGCGCGUGUGCACGCCAGGUGGGCGGAGAGGAGCGCAGCACGGAAGGGGGGCGCAGCAGCGCAGGCGGGCACAAUAGGGGGGGUGCUGCAGCGGCUGGUGACGCAGAAGAGAGUGGCACGGGCUGGGCAGGCGGCACAGGGCAUCAGAGAGGGGCAGGCAGGGCGAGGGCGGGCAUGCGCGGCGCUGAAUGCAGCAGUGCGGGGGGGAGGUGGGGGACAGGGGCACGUGGAGGACGAGGUGUGCCGCGCAGGGGGGUGGCUGGAGGCGCAUGAUGACGUGGGAGUGGCGUGCGGUGAGACCAGCAAUGGGAGUGACGUGCUGCAUGAGCCAACCAGCAAGCUCCAUGACACGGCUACAGCUGCUGCUACAGCCGCCGGUGCGGGCUGCACCACAGCAGGCGGUGAGGACGCCUCAGGCGCUCAGGUGGACGCGUGGCUGGUGUUUCCUCAAGAGCCGUGUGGCGACAGCACGUGGGCUGCUGCACCGUGUGUGUGCAGUCGGUCCGUGGGGCACGUGUUGGUGAGUGAGGGAUGCGUUUGGUGCCGCGAGGGGAGGGCAGAGUGGCAGGCUGGCACGUGAAGCACAGCAUGUGGGGCAGCAGAAGGGGGGGGGAGCAGGCGGGUGUGGGUGAGGGCAAGGGCACCGCACGCACCCCAAGGUAGACAUGAGGCGGCGCGGCGCAUGGAGUUGAAUCAGGAGUGCGGUCGUUGCAGGGCGAGCGCUUGCAGGGCUCGGUGCAGAGUGGAGACAACGGCAAGAGGCAAUGGCAGGUGGUGGCAUGGAUGGCACAGCCAACGGCAGGGGUGGAGGAGGUGCGGACAACAGAGAGCGGCGAGAGGGGGAGGGGGGGGGGGGGGGGUUUGAUGGAACGGACUGCUGUGGCAGGAGGCGUGAGGGUGGGCCGAGGGAAUGGCAGAAGGCAAAACGUAGGUGCUGGGGAGGAGCAUGCUGCAACACAAGCUGGUACUUCUGAACAUAUUGUUUAGUGCUUGCCCUACAGGCUGCAUGUGCUUGUGUGCUGCUCCAUAACAGGACUACCCAGCCUUCAAAGCAUGCAGAUUAGCAGACUAUCUUAUUCACCAUAGCUUGUAAAAG